AUGGCGCACUUAGCACAUAUUCUUGUCGCGCCCUCUUCGAUGCACAAAAUGUGUCUGGCCAACUGUGGUGGCGGCAUCUGGCCACUCAUAGUCGAUGCCGUCCGCCAGCGACUCGAUGCAGUGCCUAUGUGUGGGAACAAAGAUAGACUGGAAUUGCAGUGUCAACCUUGGACAAUAUCGAUCCACGGCGUCGGUGUUCUAUCAUUAUCUCCUGACGAAUCACGGUGGUGGUCAAACAACAGGUCAGCGUCUUCAGACACCACGGGGCAAUUUGGGCCAACGCAGCACUGCCAUGCAUCUUCUUGCGUUCGCGGUCGGACUUUCCAGAUUAACCCCGUCGUUAUGGCCGACUCGGCUCAUGUGGUGGACGACCUGGCAUGUCUCAACUUGGAAGCGGCGACGUCUGAGGGACUAGCGGCGAAAAGAUCCGAUCUUGAAGCUUUGCAUUCGCAGUAUGCGUACAAUGCGGAAGCGUCUUGUUGUCGUCGUCACGGGGAGGACACAACAUGGAAGAAUGUGCGCCAGCCUUCUAUGUGGACCACGUCUCAUCAGCUCCCCGACUCCGAGCUGGCCAACCUCGACUGUAUGAUCGCACUCUGGGCCCGCGAGCGUGGCUUGAGCGGUAUGCACGCGAUCCUCCCAAAACUGGAGGUCGGUCCUAUGGCCCUCACGGACCAACCACCGCACAUCGUCCAGGCAUUGAGGGGAAUGACAGAUUCUAGGCUCCAGAAUUACCUUGUUGCUAUUUUCGACGGCGGACAGCAUCUCGAUGGCUCGAUUGUGAUUUCACGGGGAGCGGGUACCAAGAUGGAAGGAUUCGUCGAGCUAUGGGUGGCGCAAGGUACAGCGAAGCCAGCGCACAAUGCCGCCAUUCCGGUCGACGAGGAGAAUUCAUCGAUCAAUGUUUAA